AUGUCGCAAACCGUGACCCGCGCCGACUCCGUUGAGGAGCAGGACCCUCAUAACUCCAAAGAGGAGAAGAAAGCGAAGAGUAGGAGACCGGCAAAUACCGCAUUCCGUCAGCAGCGUCUGAAGGCAUGGCAGCCGAUCCUUACGCCCAAAACUGUCCUCCCUCUUUUCUUCGCUGUCGGAGUUAUAUUUGCGCCUAUCGGCGGCCUUUUGAUAUGGGCUAGCUCACAGGUCCAAGAAAUUGUCAUUGAUUAUACAAGCUGUGCUCGAGACGCCCCUGUAGGAGAAUCAAAUGCUGGUGGAAUACCCCCUGGAAAUGUACGGGCUUCGUUCAGAUCUAAGCAACCGACCCAACUGCAGUGGUAUCGCACAGAAAACCAAGAAGCGCGACUUCCUUCCGGUGUUACAAAAAAAGAUUCUACCAUGUGUUCUCUGGUCUUCGACAUCCCCAACGACAUUGGCCCGCCUGUUUAUCUAUAUUAUCGUCUAUCGAAAUUCUAUCAAAACCAUCGUCGCUAUGUGAAGUCGUUGGAUUUAGACCAGCUGAAGGGGAAAGCACUUCCAAAUAAUACCAUUAAAGGUGGCUCGUGUGACCCCUUGAAAUUGAACAGCGAUGGCAAGGCAUAUUACCCUUGUGGUCUAAUUGCCAACUCACUCUUCAACGAUUCAUUUUCCAGCCCUUUAAAAAUCGGCUCAGGCCGUGACGAAACGUUCCAGAUGACGAACCAGGGAAUAUCAUGGGCGUCGGACCGUGAGUUGUAUAGACCUACGGAGUAUAAACCUGACCAAGUUGCUCCACCCCCGAAUUGGAAGGAAAUGUACCCAAAUGGCUACACAGCGGAGAAUCCGCCGCCAAAUUUGCAGAACUGGGAGGAAUUCCAAGUAUGGAUGAGGACUGCGGGUUUGCCUACAUUUAGCAAGCUUGCCAAAAGAGUCGAUAACAGGACGAUGACUGCCGGUGUUUAUCGAAUUGAUAUCAUGGAUUUUUUUCCGGUUUCUAAAUAUGACGGGAAGAAAUCCAUUGUCCUCACUACGACUACAGUCAUGGGCGGAAAGAACUCAUUCUUGGGCAUUGCAUAUGUUGUUGUGGGUGGCAUCUGCGUUAUACUAGGAGCAUUGUUCACUGUGGCACAUUUAAUAAAACCAAGAAAAUUGGGCGACCACAGGUAUCUCACUUGGAACAAUGAGCAACCACCAACAGCGACUACGACCGGUAGGUUUGGGGGCUAG